UUCUGGCAGGAAAGAUGGUCCAGGAUGGAAAAUGGGUCAGCAGUGCUAUAUCACAAAUAAUCAACCUAUGUUCCUCUCAGUAAAACUGAGAAAUAAUAUUACGCCCAAGAGAGUCCCGAGGGUGCAGCCUCACCCACCCAACAUGCGCCCCUCCAGUGACUCUUCGGGCGUGAUCCCCCGCCCCCCGCUGCUGCCCGCCCUCACGCCCCUGGGCCUGGGGACCCAGGGACACCUGAGGCCGGGGUCCUCUCAGCCUCAGGGCACCCAGCACUCCACGGGGAACUUGGCGACCGAGGACCUGCAGGAUCCCGUCCUUGUGAUCCCACCCCUCAAAGAGCACAAACCCGAGGCUGCGCUGCGUCCCGCAGAGACCGAGGGGAACGCUGUGGGGGCGGGCUGUGGUGCAGGCGCCCAGGGCGCGCGGAGGGCCAGCGUCUUGUCCCCAUCGACCCCGGCCUCUCCCAAGGCAGCAGCACACAGUCCCUGGGACAGCGGAUCACCGGGGAAGCCGCACCGAGAGCCCAGGGCACGGGACUCCAGAGCCGCCCUCGAGCCCAUUGUCCCCAGCCCUGGCCGUGGCUGUGGAGGGGUGAAGGUCUGCUCUCCGGGGAAGAGGCCCGACGUCAUCUCCCGAGUGGAGGGGCGGGACAUCACGGAGAUGGCCAACAAGGCCACCAAAGAUCACGUAGGCCGUGUGAGCAAGGCCGGGCUACUGGCUUCUUUAGCGCGGAGCUGAAGCAGGGCCGGGGUACAGAGUGGCCACAGCCUGGGCCGGCUGCGCCCCCCGGGGACCACGCUGCAUCCGCCGCUCCGGCGCCUGUACCCCUCAACCCCAAGCGGCUCUCCCGGGCCCCAGCCUAUAGUGCCCUUCCCGGUAAGUGCAGCCCUUUCUGCGAUGCUGA